AUGUACAUCAUGGCAGACGGCCUCAACAAUGCUCGCGCGAUACGGGUACAGGAAAUCAUGAACGACUACCGCAACAUCCAGAACUACAUCGCCCAAAUCCGCGCCAGCCCUUCAGCAGAAGAGUACAACGAGGAAGGAUAUAUGGUGCUACGGCAAUGCAUAGCUCAGGGACAGCAGUUGCUCGCUACGCCGUUCCGGCCGGAUGUCAACGGGAAGGGAGCGCCGGAGGGAAGUGAGGAGGCGGUACAGGUGCAUUUGAGGAGAAUCAUCAUCGAUGCGAGUUUGAGGAGGUUCAAAGCACAGAAAGUUUACCUGCGAGCGACGGCGGCGUUAAAAUGGAUUAAUGCGAGGAGUCAGAUUCUGCAAGGACAGAGUCCGCAUGCUGGACAUGCGCCUGCGUUGCAGCAGGUGAGGAACCAGCUUAGGGUGGAGCUCUCAGCAAUCACAGACGCACGAGUGGACGCCGCUCUGCGGCAGGCAGACAUGGCCGCUGGGAGGUGGUUGGAAGAAGACCCGCCUCUUGCGAACAUGCAGAGGACGCUGAGCAGUGGGCACUGA